AUGCAGGAUCAUGACUUCGUCGGCUCCCAGUGGGUUGACAUGGGAGUAUAUGCGGCACCUCACCACCAUCCUCUGAAUGACUUUACUGGUUUUCAAUAUGGAUCCUCGCCUAUCAUGCCAAUUGAGCCUUCUUACAGCAUGUCUAUGCCUCAGCCGUAUACCGCGCAGCACUUGAUUCCGCUCACGAUGUCAUCGCAAUGGCCGAGCAUGUUAUCUACUCAGCCUGGCUUUGCGCCAAUGCCAGUUGCGCCAAUGCCAAUGACUCCCAUCGCGCCUCCAUUGCAACAUGUCCAAACGCCUCAGAUAUCGACGCCACCUACCCCGCGAAGAACCUUGACUGAUGCAGAGCGCCGACGCAUGUGCUUGUAUCAUCAGGAAAAUCCUCAUGUCAAACAGACAGAGAUUGGAGCUAUGUUUGGUGUUGAACGAAGUACCGUUUCCAAAGUUCUCCGCCAAAAGGAGAAGUACCUCUUCCCUGAUGAUGGACGCCGGUCACCCGUUAAAAAGGCGAAAGGGAAGUUUCCAGAUAUCGAAAGGGCUCUGUCAAACUGGGUGAAGAACCACCAGCGACAGGGUGGAGAGAUCAAUGAUGCCUUAAUCAGGGAGAAAGCGAUAUUUUUUGCCAGCACUGUUGGCAGUCCCGAGGGCCACGAGAAGAUCUUGACCGCAAGCUGGCUGGAGAAGUUCAAGCAAAAGAAUUACCUGAUUGACUCCCCAGGCAGGAAAUCCUCUGUCGAUACAAAUAGUAGUCCAAGGAAAAGGUCUACUAUUCGGUCACCCACGCAACUUUCUCCCAUUUCCCCUACCCUAACCACGACACCUUCCCCAAUAUCUCCGAAGCAACCUGGAUCUGGACACGAGGGCGAACUCGUCAGCGAGUUUGGUGACGAUGCCUUUAACAUGUCACUCCCUCAAGAGAACACGCCUGUUGUAACGCCUACCCUCACCAGGGCUACAAGUGAAUCAACCAUAAUCUUUUCCUCUCAGAAUCCUUUUGCACCAUCCGAACAUACAGGCCUAGGUGUAGAGUCGAAGCGACGGCGAAGUCAAACACUGCCCGUAAUGACUUCGGGAUCUUCCUUGGUUAAGGAUGAAUCCCCAGAAAUCUUGUCACCUACAAACCUCUUCUCUCAGCCGGGCGUCAUCGAGGAGGAGUCAACCGAAUUCGCGGACGCACCUGCAAUGAAACGAAACCGCAGCAAUCCAGAAAUUAUCACAAACAUAACCCCUAUGCAACCACCGCCACUUCCAAAAUCCAAAAGCAUAUCAUCUCCUGUUUCCUCUCCCAACUCUCCGACCCAGGACGAAGCGCGCCAGGCCUUGGAGUUGGUCCUAAACUAUUUCCAAAGCCAAUCAAUGGAGCUGGCAGUCUCGGAUUAUCAGAUUAUUGGGAAACUUAUGGAGAAACUCAAACUCUCACAAGGUCAACCCUACAUACAACCGAUGAAGUCCACUUCUCGAGGCAAAUCUCACAUCGAUAGACCUCGCGUGAGUAAGAAGAGAAGCAUCCAUACACUAUAG